AUGGCGACCUUCAACAUACCAGUUCUACUUCGUUAUUCCGGACGAGGCCCUAAUGCUUCUGGCUCGUACAAGGAGCUCGCCCGCAACGGUGUCGGACGUCGAGACCUUCUUGAAAACCUCGUCCAAUCUAAGCCUGUGGAAUUCGAACUGUCCAAUCCAGCACUUGAAUUUGCCGCGGUAGCCAUCCGUCAGGUUUCGACACCACUGUACUCUCCCGAUGCCAGUGAUGCAACAAUCUCCCAGACCGUAAACAAUGAAGUCAUCAGGAAAAAGACCAAGUUGAUCGCCGACCGAAUGAAGCUGUCUGGCAUGGAGGACAAGCUGGUGUCCAUCAUUUCCGUGCCGACAUUGGGUGACGACCAGCAGGCAACCCUUGCCUCGGUGGUGGAGGGAAUCGCAGCUAGGCUCCCUGAUCGAGAAGCCAUCGCCGCAGCUGGUAGAAAGCGGCGCUCUCCCUCGAGCGGGGCCACUGUUAGUGAGCUCAUGAAGACACAGACCCCAACCCACCUAGAUGCCGUGUACAACUAUCGGCCUCUUCACCUCGCGCCUCCUCCGAUCAUUAUCUACCGCCCGGCAUUCGCUCGAUUUGCUUAUUCCAUAUCCCAACCCAUUGGUUCCAACAUAUACACUCCUAAGGAGGUUGAAACAGCUCGAGAAUUCAUCGAACUAUCAUCUAAGCUCUAUGUGGACGAGCCAUCCCGUCAGAGGGCCAUAACGGAUGCCUUCCUCGAACCGGACGGCGUGAUACGUAUGGACACGUCAUUCGAAGGUUUUAGACCCGUCGUUGCCAUCACUGAGGUCAAGAACGAGAUUGGGACCGGUGGCUGUGAUCCACGCGCACAGGCUGAAUGUGCAUACGUUGCCAUCUACACAUCCCCCGAGGCCAAACCCAUCCGCAAUAUUUGCUGUUGCCCUGCUCUCCUUCUUGCAAUUGCCGGACCAUAUAUUGCCGUGAGCGGGGCCGCCUUCGCAGACCAGCUCAUUUCGCAGCCCUUCACGGACUACAUGUCUGUCAUUCCUCUGUCGCCACUCGAAUCGUCCUCAAUGUCCGAAACCAUACUCUCUGUUGCGCGGCUCUUCCGUGCGCUCAAGCAUUGCGUCACCGACUUGAAGACUUAUUACGGUGGUUUGCAAGCCAUGAAGUCGGUUUCUUCCUCACGCUUGAAAUCUGGUGCUCAGCGCACUUCUCCCCGAACAUCCUCAAACAACCCCGUAGAUACACGGCUCAGUGGCGUACCGAAGGCAUCCUCCGGCACACCGUCACAUUACGUAGGCCCGAGCUUCAGUACAUACACCGAUCUCAAUGGACAACAAGUGGAGCUGAAGUAUGUGGCUCGCCUGGCUGCCCAGUACAGCUCUAAAGCAGUCUUUCUCGCGGACGCUCGCGUCCCCGACAAGGCCGCCUUCAGAGUUGUUGUCAAAUUCACCGAAGCAUAUGGGAAGCACGCGCACAAGGUUGCGCAUGAAGGCGGGUUCGCUCCGAAGUUGCACCACUGCGAGAAGGUUAACAGCGUAGGAAUGUGGGUCGUCGUCAUGGACUUUGUCGCCAGCGGCAGUGAUUCCGUGCGCCUGUCCUCCGUUGCCGAGUCACUGCGCAACGCCGUCAAGACUCUUCACGACAAGGGCUUCGUGUUCGGAGACCUGCGCGAGCCGAACAUCUUGGUCACGAAGGAGGGGAAAGUUCAGCUCAUAGACUUUGACUGGUGCGGGCGUGUUGAGGAGGCCCGGUACCCGUACGACAUUGCAAUGACAGGCGACCACGGCUGGCAUGCUGAUGUGCAGCCGGGAGGGCUGAUCGCCAAGGAGCACGAUGCACACAUGUUCGAGCGCCUGACGGAGGUGCAGUUCGAGCUGACGGAGGAGCAGUCUUGA